AGCCCAGGUAUAAGAAAAGCCCUGAGUAGCAGCCAGUGGCUUCCUGCCCACACCUGAGCAGGUGGACUCCAGGGUGGCCAGACGGGACCAGUGUGACCACUGCUGUCAGGCUCUGCUUGGAUCUCAGGCAUCAGGAUGGUUGGACUGGAGGAAUUCUGUUUUUUUCCCACCUUACUGGUGUGAUAUAGAGCCCUUCCAUGCCCAGCCACACGGUCACCUACUCCAAGUGGGCAAAGCCCCAUGGUGGAGUGGAGGUAGGUGCCUUUGCCAAGGUUAGCAAGGGUCUCUGAUUGAUUCUGCUGCUCCGAGACCGAAGUCCCAGCUCUGGGGAUGCCCACCUAGGUGUCUGGGACCAUGCUGUGGAAUCCCAAAGCCACGAUGGGACCGUAGUGGAAAGUGUGUGGGAGGACCAGCCCAGCCCUGGUGGGAAGGGAGGGACACGGGAAGGGACCUGAAGGGAAGAACUCUGGGUUUACCUCUGACAUGGGAGCACUGCAGGGGUUGGAGGGGCCUCUUUUCCUCUCUUCACAGUGAUGGAUGUAUCCUAGUCCCUUCCUGCCACCUGGAAAUGGAGCUUCCCCCAGCCCAGGUACCCUUUCCUGAGAUGCCUAGCAAGCUUCCAUUUACUUGGGCCAGCAGCUCUUUGGAAGCAGAGGGGGGCCGGAGCAUGCCCCCAGGGGAAGGAGUGUCUCAGGUACCUAAGCUUCAUCCCUGCCCACUGUUCCGGGCUGGAGUGAUCUCAGUGGCAAUGGAGCUACAGAAAAGGAAGCCCUGACAUGGAGGGCCCUGAGUGCCAAGCCUCCUGCUGUCAGUGGCCCUGGAACUAGGCCCCACCACAAGGUUCUCACAUACACACACACACACACACACACACACACACACACACACACCCAUGCUUCAGAAACAGGCUCUAAUCUUCAGGGCCAGUGACCCCAGAGUGGGCAGCACUGUGAGCUGAGCCCUUUCAGAGCCAAAGCCCAGAGGAUAGGGAGGCAACCAAGCACGUGCCAAGUCCGCCUGACCUGGAGAGCUGCCCUGGCCCAGGUCCUCUGCCAACUUUGUGUCAUUGCCUUUGUUUUCUUCCACUUGGGAGGAGCCCCACCACCACAGUGAUGUUAGAUGGCCCUAAAAGAAAUGCUUUGUCCGGUGCCUGCGCUGCUUCACAUCCAUCCCCAGACCUCACAGCUGUGAGAGCCGUUUGCAUUUCCUGAAACCGGAUCUCGGUGUCAGAGCCGCCCCCGGGCCGGGCGGGUACCUCAGCCAUGGCCCUGCGCAAGGAGCUCCUGAAGUCCAUCUGGUACGCGUUCACUGCCCUGGACGUGGAGAAGAGCGGCAAGGUCUCCAAGUCCCAGCUCAAGGUGGAGGAAGGGGCCUUCGUUAAGGAGCACUUUGAUGAGCUGUGUUGGACCCUGACGGCCAAGAAGAACUACCGGGUGGACAGCAAUGGGAACAGCAUGCUCUCCAAUGAGGAUGCCUUCCGCCUCUGGUGCCUCUUCAACUUCCUGUCUGAGGACAAGUACCCUCUGAUCAUGGUUCCUGACGAGGUGGAAUAUCUGCUGAAGAAGGUGCUUAGCAGCAUGAGCUUGGAGGUGGGCUUGGGCGAACUGGAGGAGCUGCUGGCCCAGGAAGCCCAGGCAGCCCAGACCACCACCGGAGGGCUCAGCGUCUGGCAGUUCCUGGAGCUCUUCAACUCAGGGCGCUGUCUUCGAGGUGUGGGGCGGGACACGCUCAGCAUGGCCAUCCACGAAGUCUACCAGGAGCUCAUCCAAGAUGUCCUGAAGCAGGGCUACCUAUGGAAGCGAGGGCACCUGAGAAGGAAUUGGACGGAACGCUGGUUCCAGCUGCAGCCCAGCUCCCUCUGCUAUUUUGGGAGUGAAGAGUGCAAGGAGAAAAGGGGCACUAUCCCACUGGAUGCACAAUGUUGUGUGGAGGUGCUGCCCGACCGAGAGGGGAAGCGCUGCAUGUUCUGCGUGAAGACUGCCUCCCGCACAUACGAGAUGAGCGCCUCAGACACGCGCCAGCGCCAAGAAUGGACGGCUGCCAUCCAGACCGCGAUCCGGCUGCAGGCCGAGGGCAAGACGUCGUUGCACAAGGACCUGAAGCAGAAGCGCCGGGAGCAGCGGGAGCAGCGGGAGCGACGGCGGGCGGCCAAGGAGGAAGAGCUGCUGCGGCUGCAGCAGCUGCAGGAGGAGAAGGAGCGGAAGCUGCAGGAGCUAGAGCUGCUCCAGGAGGCGCAGCGGCAGGCGGAGCGGCUGCUCCAGGAGGAGGAGGAGCGACGCCGCAGCCAGCACCGGGAGCUGCAGCAGGCGCUCGAGGGCCAGUUGCGCGAGGCGGAGCAGGCUCGGGCCUCCAUGCAGGCCGAGAUGGAACUCAAGGAGGAGGAGGCUGCCCGGCAGCGGCAGCGGAUCCAAGAGCUGGAGGAGAUGCAGCAGAGGCUCGAGGAGGCCCUGCACCUGGAAGUGAAAGCUCGGCGGGAUGAGGAGGCAGUGCGCCUAGCCCAGACCAGGCUGCUAGAGGAAGAGGAGGAGAAGCUGAAGCAGCUGCUGCAGCUGAAGGAGGAGCAGGAGCGCUACAUCGAGCGGGCGCAGCAGGAGAAGCAAGAGCUGCAGCAAGAGAUGGCACUGCAGAGCCGCUCCCUGCAGCAGGCGCAGCAGCAGCUGGAGGAAGUAAGGCAGAACCGGCAGAGGGCCGACGAAGAUGUGGAGGCUGCCCAGCAGAAGUUGCGCCAGGCCAGCACCAACGUGAAACACUGGAAUGUUCAGAUGAACCGGCUCAUGCACCCAAUUGAGCCUGGAGAUAAGCGUCCCACCAUCAGCAGCUCCUUCACAGGCUUCCAGCCACAUCUACUUGCCCGCCGUGACUCCUCCCUAAAGCGCCUGACCCGCUGGGGGUCCCAGGGCACCAGGACGCCCUCACCCAGCAGCAGUGAGCAGCAGAAGUCCCUCAAUGGUGGGGAUGAGGCUCCUAUCUCGGCUUCCGCCCCUCAGGAAGAUAAACUGGACCCAGCACCGGAAAAUUAGCCUCUGCCAUCUUCUUUCCCCCUCAACCUCUUACCCACCAGAUCCUGGCCACAGCUGGCCUGUGGGUGAUGCCAGCCCCUACAGAAAAGGGAGCUGAGGUCCUGGUGCCAGGAGCCCAGGUCCCCCAACCAUGACAGUCCAGAACGGAGCCUCAUUCAUUUUUGGCACCAACUCCAGGCCCCUGACCACUGAGGCAGUCUAGGGUGUAGAUCCUUGAGAACUUGAUCCUGUGCCUUAACCCCAAGGACCCUACGCCCUGGGCUGGAAAAGAGUAAACAAGCAAGCCAAUAGCAUGUGCCCUCACACUACCACCAAGUUGUGGAGGCACAUUUCCAAAUAAAAACUGCUCUUGGAAAGAA